AGAAUAUAAUAUCAGAUCGUGUAAGUGAAUGCAAUAGCAGUCUAUAUAUAUAUAUAUAUAAAAGAAGGAAAAGCUUUCAAAGUAUCCGACGUUAAUUCUCUUCUACAUCCUCUUCUCUAUCAAAGAUACUUAUGAGAUACCUCUCGUAUGCUCUCACUUCCCUCCAUUAAUGUCUUCUUUACUCUUCUCUGAAACUUUAAUCUGCAACUCUUUCUUCUCUAUCAUGGCACUUCUCUUCUCUCUCCUCUUCUGGGUUUCUCUUUCUUCUCUCGUCUUUAUCAUUCACCGCACAUCACAUCGCCGGCGGCUUCGUUUGCCGCCAGGGAACCUGGGUCUUCCCUUUCUCGGAGAGACUCUGCAGUUGAUAUCUGCAUACAAGACUGAAAACCCAGAACCCUUCAUUGAUGAACGUGUGAACCGGUUUGGUUCGUUGUUUACCACCCAUGUUUUUGGCGAACCGACGGUUUUCUCUGUUGACCCGGAUACGAACCGGUUCAUCCUUCAAAAUGAAGGGAAGUUGUUUGAAUCUAGCUAUCCAAGUUCUAUAUCCAACUUGCUUGGAAAACAUUCUUUGUUGCUUAUGAAGGGAAGCCGCCAUAAAAGAUUGCAUUCUUUAACCAUGAGUUUUGCUAAUUCAUCCAUUAUCAGAGACCAGCUUUUGGUUGAUAUAGACCGGUUGGUUCGAUUCAACUUGGAUUCCUGGACGGACCGGGUUUUUCUCAUGGAAGAAGCCAAGAAGAUAACGUUUGAGUUAAGCAUGAAGCAGCUGAUGAGUUUUGAUCCAGGAGAAUGGACAGAGAGCUUAAGGAAAGAGUAUAUGCUUGUUAUUGAAGGAUUUUUCACUUUGCCUUUGCCAAUCUUCUCUGCUACAUAUAGGAGAGCCAUCAAAGCUAGGACUAAGGUGGCAGAGGCUUUGAACUUGAUAGUGAGACAAAGAAGAAGAGGAAGUGAGGGAGGAGAGAGAAAAAAGGACAUGUUAGGAGCUCUUCUCUCCGCCGAUGACGGCGGCUUCUCCGACGAGGAAAUAGUAGAUUUCUUGGUGGCUCUUCUCGUUGCUGGCUACGAAACCACCUCUACUAUAAUGACUCUUGCCGUUAAGUUCCUCACCGAGACUCCUCUUGCUUUGGCUCAGCUCAAGGAGGAGCAUGAGGAGAUUAGGGCAAAAAAAAGUGAGGGAGAAGCUCUUGACUGGAGAGAUUACAAGUCAAUGCAUUUUACUCAAUGCGUUGUUAAUGAGACUUUGAGAGUAGCAAACAUAAUUAGUGGGGUAUUUAGAAGAGCAAUGGCAGACAUUGAUGUUAAAGGUUACAAAAUACCUAAAGGAUGGAAGGUUUUCGCUUCAUUUCGAGCUGUUCAUUUAGACUAUGAUCACUUCAAAGAUGCUCGAACUUUCAAUCCGUGGCGAUGGCAGAGUAAUUCAGGAGCAACAAGUUCAGGGAAUGUGUUCACUCCAUUUGGAGGAGGACCGAGGUUAUGUCCAGGAUAUGAGCUUGCUAGGGUAGAACUAUCUGUUUUCCUCCAUCAUCUAGUAACAAGUUUCAGUUGGACUCCAGCUGAGGAUGAUAAGUUGGUUUUCUUUCCAACGACCCGGACACAGAAACGUUACCCUAUCAACGUGCACCGUCGAAAUCAUGUAAAGUGUUAGAUUAGAAGAGAAGGGAGAUUGAGUAAAAGAAUGUAGAAGAACAUGUAGUCCUUUUGAUGCUGAAUCCCAAUGAAACUGAAAAGUAAUAGAAUAGCAUAUGUUCAAAUUAACAUGUGUUCUAAGUCAUGGAAUCAAUGAUUAGUACAGGUAAUGGGGAUUUAGGCAUCAUUUGCCUCCAA